GCCUACAACUGCUGUAAGCCAAGCUAACACAAUUCUCAUACAUUGUUGUUUGUUAUUAAAUUAGUUUUAAAAAAAUUGGCACAAGUUGUUAACUAACACUCGGACAGGAAUUAGGAAGUGAAUCAAAUUCUAUGUUAAGUGCAAUCAUGGUUUUAUGUAGUUAACGCACACAAGUGCGAAAUUAGUCUUGUGCUCUUUUUUAAUUGGGGAAUAAAUUAGAGAUAGAAAAGGUAGAUUGAAGGAUAUCUUUGCACUGGAAUGCCUUUUUAUUGGGUGUUUUCUAGAGUUCAUAGUUGCAUAGAGAUUGAAUUGCCUAGGUGCUGGUAAGCCCAAAUGGAGGCUUUUGGAUUGUUCAUAUAAUGCUGAUGCAGCAAAAUAUCGCUCAAUGCUAGUCCUAUCUCUGCAUCAACAGCACAUUUCAAUCUGGCACUCUUUAAAAGAUUAUUGUGUAAUUGUAUAAUUGUUGCUAAUUCUUAAUAAAUAUACCACUUGAAUGCUGUACAAUGUACAUUUGUUUCUACACUGUGUUUUUAUCAUUGUGUAGGAUGUAUUGUAACUGAUGAAGUCGAUGGUUUUCAUAGUAUCCAAUAUUUGCCCUGUGGCUUUUGAUGAAAAGACCACCUCCAUACUUAUUUGAAAGUAUAGCUCAAUUUUUAUUUUAUUCAUUGCCGAAAAAGUUAUUGAUUUUUCUUUUGAACUACCCUUAUCACCCUGGCUUUAUCCUUUUUUCUUUGUGUUAUUUUUCUCCUUGCUUAUAUAGAUGCAUGUUGGCAUGCUGUGUUUGCUCCAAUCUUCAGACAUCCUCUGUCACUCGACAACCUGGAUAACAAUUUCUGACUGGCAUGUACUAAAUUAGGAAGCAUCAAUACUUCAAAAUGGUUUCUGUAUGAGUAUCUGAUAUCUAUUGCAUCAGAUACUUUUUUCUCAUUUAUAUUCGGUUACUUCUAGUCAUUACACUUGAUAAGAGUCCCAUGGUUCACUCUUCUCAACCCAUACCCUCAACAUUUUGUGUCUCGUAAGUUCUUUGUGAGAACUAAGAAGGUAGUUAGCAUGUAGCAGAGUUCUUCUGACAUGGAGUGGAGACAGAAGUUCUAAAUCUUCUUAGUAUGAGAAGGGAGGACAUCAAGCUGCAUGUCUUAUUUCUUAGUCUCAGGAAGUCUCUCAGAUUACUUGACAUGUUGUAGUUUUGAAGUUUUAUGUGCCUUGUAUUCAGCACCAAUGCCUAUAUGAGUGGAUUUAUAAUAGCUCUGGUUUGGAUGUAAUGGCUCCAAUACGCUCCACUGGAUUUGUUGAUCCUGGUUGGGAUCAUGGCAUUGCUCAAGAUGAGCGGAAAAAAAAGGUUAGAUGCAAUUACUGUGGGAAAAUAGUUAGUGGUGGGAUAUACAGAUUAAAGCAGCAUUUAGCCCGAGUUUCUGGUGAAGUAACAUACUGUGAAAAGGCUCCUGAUGAAGUCUACCUGAAAAUGAAAGAAAAUCUUGAAGGCUGCCGUUCCCAUAAGAAACAAAAGCAAGUUGACGCACAAGCGUAUAUGAAUUUUCAUUCUAAUGAUGAUGAAGAUGAAGAAGAGCAAGUUGGGUGCAGAAGCAAAGGGAAGCAAUUGAUGGAUGAUCGAAAUGUAUCUGUAAAUUUGACUCCUCUUCGCUCCUUAGGAUAUGUUGACCCAGGGUGGGAGCAUGGUGUUGCCCAGGACGAGAGAAAGAAGAAGGUCAAAUGCAAUUACUGUGAGAAAAUUGUCAGUGGAGGUAUUAAUCGGUUUAAACAACAUUUGGCUAGAAUUCCUGGAGAGGUAGCACCUUGUAAAAAUGCUCCAGAAGAUGUUUAUCUGAAAAUUAAAGAGAACAUGAAAUGGCAUCGUACUGGGAGGAGACUUAGGCGACCUGAGGCUAAGGAAUUGAUGCCUUUCUAUGCAAAGUCGGAUAAUGAUGAUGAUGAUGAUGAGUAUGAGCAAGUAGAAGAUGCUUUGCAUCAUAUGAACAAGGAAACUUUGAUGGAUGUUGAUAAGAGAUUCUCUAAAGAUAUAAUGAAGACCUACAAGGGAAUAUCACCUAGUACUGGUCCUGAACCAGUAUUGAGAAGAUCAAGAUUGGAUAAUGUUUACCUGAAACUACCCAAGAAUCAGACUCCUCAAACUUACAAACAAGUAAAAGUUAAGACAGGGCCCACUAAGAAAUUACGCAAGGAAGUUAUUUCUUCAAUUUGCAAGUUCUUUUACCAUGCGGGAAUUCCUAUAAAGGCUGCAGACUCCCUAUAUUUUCAUAAAAUGCUGGAAGUGGUUGGACAAUAUGGACAAGGACUGGUAUGCCCACCAAGCCAACUUAUGUCUGGUCGCCUUUUGCAGGAGGAAAUCAAUUGUAUUAAAAAUUACCUUCUUGAAUAUAAGGCUUCCUGGGCAAUCACUGGUUGCUCUAUAAUGGCAGAUAGUUGGAUAGAUACACAGGGUAGGACAAAUAUUAACUUUCUUGUUUCUUGUCCUCAUGGUGUAUACUUUGUUUCUUCAGUUGAUGCCACUAAUGUAGUGGAAGAUGCACCAAAUUUAUUUAAGCUUCUGGACAAAGUAGUGGAAGAAGUAGGUGAGGAAAAUGUAGUGCAGGUAAUCACUGAAAAUACUCCCAACUAUAAAGCUGCUGGAAAAAUGCUUGAAGAGAAGAGAAGGAAUUUAUUCUGGACACCUUGUGCCACUUAUUGUAUUAAUCGAAUGCUUGAAGAUUUUACGAAAAUAAGAUGUGUGGAAGAGUGCAUGGAAAAGGGCCAGAAAAUUACCAAACUAAUAUACAAUCAAAUAUGGUUGUUAAAUCUUAUGAAAAGUGAAUUUACCGAGGGACAGGAGCUUCUAAAACCAUCUGCCACCCGGUUUGCCUCUAGCUUUGCUACUCUACAGAGCUUGCUGGAUCAUCGAGUUGGUCUCAGAAGAAUGUUUCUUUCCAACAAAUGGAUUUCAUCCAGAUUCUCCAGCUCAAAUGAGGGGAAAGAGGUGGAAAAAAUAGUUUUGAAUGUCACAUUUUGGAAGAAGAUUCAGCAUGUUAGGAAGUCAAUAGAUCCCAUAAUGCAAGUACUUCUAAAGCUUUGUAGUGGUGAGAGCUUGUCAAUGCCAUAUAUAUAUAACGAUAUGUAUAGGGCAAAACUUGCAAUCAAAUCUGUUCAUGGUGACGAUGCCCGUAAAUAUGAACCAUUCUGGAAGGUCAUAGACAAUCAUUGGAAUUCUCUGUUCUGUCACCCUCUUUACUUGGCUGCAUACUUCUUAAAUCCAUCAUACCGAUAUCGUCAGGAUUUUGUGGCGCAUUCAGAGGUAGUACGAGGGCUCAAUGAAUGCAUUGUCCGGCUGGAGCCGGAUAAUAUGAGACGGAUAUCUGCAUCAAUGCAGAUUGCUCAUUAUAAUGCUGCGCAAGACGACUUUGGAACUGAAUUGGCAAUUAGCACAAGAACAGGUCUAGAACCAGCUGCUUGGUGGCAACAGCAUGGAAUAAGUUGCUUAGAGUUGCAAAGAAUAGCUGUACGCAUAUUAAGUCAGACAUGCUCGUCCUUUGCAUGUGAGCAUGAUUGGAGUAUAUAUGAUCAGAUACAUUGCAAAAGACAAAAUCGUCUAUCUCAGAAGAAAUUGAAUGACAUUAUAUACGUUCACUACAACUUGCGACUUAGAGAAUGCCAAUUAAGAAAAAGGUCCAGGGACUCAAAGUUGUCCUCUGUUGACAAUGUUCUGCAAGAGCAUUUACUUGAUGAUUGGAUAGUAGAUGCUAAUGUACAAAGCUCUGAUGUUGAUAAGAAUAUACUUUUUGGAGUUGAACUAGAUGAUGAAUAUGAUAAUGAUUCAAUUGAUUAUGAACAUGGAGCUGCAAGGCAUCUAAAGGGAUCGCUUGAGCUGGUGACUAUGGCUGAUGUAGCAUUAGGAUCACCAGAUGUAGAUCAUGCUAACAUUGAUGUUGCCACUGAUGAUGAGUCUGAUCUGAAUUACUUUGAUGAUUUGAGCGACUAAUUAAGUUACAUGGUUCUCAUUUCAGAAGAGUAUUUAUUUGGUCAUCUGGUUGAGAUCCCGUACUUAUUAUUUUGCAGUGAAAAAUCAAGAUGGGCCAUUUUGGUGCGUACAAUCGUAUUUAUUUCAAUUUUGGAGCGUAAUAAUUUUAGAUCGUUCUAACCAGUUCAAGAAGUUAUUACUGUUAUAUAAGAUACUUAGUAAGAGCUGGCACAUAGUCAUACCCAUUGAUGUUAUUGUAAGAAAAAUUGAUACUGUAAAAUAUAAGAAAUACAAGAUUUAUGUGAUUAGAUUUACAAAGA